UGCUGGCUACUCACCUGUAUUUCUAUCGCCAAGGGAGUCCCUGGCAUAUUGCCCAAUGUGGCAAAGAACAGUCCGACUCCCUAUACAGACGCUACGAAUUGCAAAAAAUCCAGUAAUCAUAUUAAACGACCAAUGAAUGCAUUUAUGGUUUGGUCACAAAUGGAACGACGCAAAAUCUGCGAAACUCAACCUGAUAUGCAUAACGCUGAGAUUAGUAAACAACUGGGAAAACAAUGGAAAGAUCUUCCUGAGGAGCAGAAGCAACCAUUUAUCCAAGAAGCGGAGCGUCUACGCCAGUUGCAUAUGAAGGAAUACCCAGAUUACAAAUAUAAACCGAAGAAGAAACCGAAAAAGGGCACGGAAAACGCAACUAAUACACAAAUCACUGGUCCAACAAAUCGCCAGCCUAACAAUACGCAAAGCAUUAAUGGGUCGAGGAUGAAAACUUCGAAACGUUCACCAAAUCAGCUUCUCAUACCAUCAGCUACAAUAGUAAUAUUUUAA